ACGUGAAAUGAUGAAAUCGAGAAGCUUUUGGUUAUCUCUCGUAUUGCUUGGGGUUUUCCCGUCGGUCACGAGGGGAUGGAUGGAUGCGGACAGGAGCAGAAGGCUGUAUUCGGAUGCGGGGAGGUUGCAUCAAGAGGACUCCAGAAGGUUUGAAGUUACAAGAAGAAAAGUGCUUUAUGGGCAGGAUGGCCUGCACGCAUCGUGUGAGAAGAAGUACUGCGGCCGGGGGAGUAAGUGUGUCGUGAACAAGGACACCAAUCAGCCCGAGUGCAGAUGCGUAGAAGACUGCAAGCCCAGCUACAUGCCCGUGUGUGGAUCUGAUGGCAAAUUUUAUGAAAAUCAUUGUCAACUGCAUCAAGCCUCCUGUCUGCAGAGGAAGAAAAUCUACAUUAUCCACAGCAAAGACUGUUUCUUCAAAGGUGACACCUGUACAAUGGCAGACUACAGCCGGCUCAAAAGCAUCCUCCUGGACCUGCAGGCGCAUCGGCAGAGCUCGCCGAGCAGCCCCGCCGAGGACAGAGUAUCCCAGAAGCGCUUCUUAGUUGAAGAUAUGUUUAAGCACUCGGAUAUAAACAGUGAUGGGCAUCUCAGCAGCUCUGAACUGGCUCAGCUAAUGAAGGAGGAGGACCUGGAAGAUGAUUUAUUGGAUUGUACACUAGAAGACCUUCUCCGGUUUGAUGAUUACAACAAUGAUGGCCGCUUAACCCUGCAGGAGCUCUAUACAGCCUUCCAGGUGGUUCGGCUGAGCCUGCCGGAGGACCAGAAGAUCAGCGUUACCACCAUCACAGUUGGCCUGAGCACUGUUCUGACGUGCAGCAUCCGCGGGGCGCUGCGGCCUCCCAUCAUCUGGAAGCGCAACGGCGUCAUCCUCAACUUCCUCGACUUGGAGGACAUCAAUGAUUUUGGAGAAGACGAUUCCCUCUACAUCACCAAGGUAACAACUAUUCACAUGGGCAAUUACACCUGUCAUGCCUACGGCUAUGAAGAGCUGUAUCAGACCCACAUCCUUCAGGUGAAUGUGCCACCGGUGAUUCGCGUCUACCCUGAAACGCAGGCGCAAGAGCCUGGCGUGUCGGCGAGCCUCAAAUGUCACGCCGAAGGCAUCCCUAAUCCCCGAAUUACCUGGCUAAAGAACGGCAUUGAUAUCAUGCCAAAACUAUCCAAACAACUGACGCUCUUAGCAAACGGAAGUGAACUUCAUAUCAGUAGCGUUCGAUAUGAAGACACGGGUGCCUAUACCUGCAUUGCUAAAAAUGAGGUGGGAGUGGAUGAGGACAUAUCUUCACUUUUCAUAGAAGAUUCAGCAAGGAAGACCCUUGCAAACAUACUGUGGCGAGAGGAAGGCCUGAGUGUUGGGAAUAUGUUCUAUGUCUUUUCUGAUGAUGGGAUCACAGUCCUUCAGCCAAAUGAAUGUGAAAUCCGGAGACACAUCAGGCCCGAAGAGAGGAUUUUCACAAGUUAUGAAGAGAUCUGUCCUAGAGUGGAAGGUGAAGGCACUCAGUCCUGCCUCUGGGCUUCAGCGGUCAAUGUCAGAGACAAGUACAUUUAUGUGACACAGCCUAAGCAGAAUAGAGUAAUGAUAAUUGAUACGCAGACUCAGAAAGCCAUACAGUCCUUGGAUGUUGACCCAUUACCAACCAAAUUACAUUAUGACAAGUCCCACGACCAAGUCUGGGUGCUUAGCUGGGGUGACAUGCGGAAGUCCUCACCAACGCUGCAGGUAAUACCAGAGGCAAGCGCAGGGGAGGAUCAGCAUGUUAUCCGCACGCCGUUUGAAGGAGUGGAUGAUUUUUUUAUACCACCUACAAAUCUUAUUAUUAAUCAUGUUAGGUUUGGCUUCAUCUUUAACAAAUCGAAAUCCGCAGUUCACAAAAUUGACCUGGAAACUGUGACCCACAUCAAGACUAUCAGCUUCAAAAACUAUAGCUGCGUACCGCAGACCAUGGCUUAUACCCACCUGGGCGGUUACUUCUUUGUCCAGUGUAGGAGGAAUAGGUCGGUGGCUGCGUCGCCGCAGCUCGUUAUUGACAGUGUUACCGAUGCCGUCAUCGGCCCCAACAGCGACGUGUCGGGCACGCCUUAUAUCUCACCGGACGGACGCUAUUUGGUCAGUGCGGAUGAAGACAGUGGCAGGAUCAAAGUCCAGGCUCUAACUGUCCGAGGGGAAAUCAAGUUGAUUUAUGACUUACAAACAAACAUACACGUAUCUGAUCUGACAUUUCAACCCUCUUUCACCGAAGGCAAUCAGUACUAUAUAUAUGCUACUUCACAUUUGCAAACAGAUGUGCUUUUUGUAGAGCUGUCAACGGGGAAAAUGAAUGUACUGAAGAAUUUAAAGGACCCUAUCACAUCCAAAGACUGGCCCUGGAGCAACUACAACAGAAUUAUGAAAGACAGUGGAUUAUUUGGACAGUAUCUCAUUACACCAGCUAAAGAUUCAUUGUUUGUUAUAAAUGGGAGGCAAAAUACGUUACGCUGUGAGGUUUCAGGUAUAAGGAGGGGUAACACAGUGGUCUGGGUUGGAGAGGUAUGAAAGGGCAAUAGCAGUAGAGCCUUCGGCAGGCAAGUACCGGUUGGACCUUUACACUGCAACAAAUGAGCAGUAGCAUUGUAUAUUUUUACACUGGGAAAAAAAAAAAAAAAGAAAAAACAAAAAACCCCUGUAUAGGCUUCAUGGUACAACACUGGUCUACUUGCAAGUUUUAUAAUAUAAGGUAUGCUCUGCUAAUAGGAAGUGGUUUUGAAGGGAUAUUUUUUAUUUGGGGGUAUGAUUUGUGGUUAUGAGAAAAAUGCUGGGAAGCGAAUAAUAUCUCCACUGAGAUAUUGUAUAAGCCACGAAACCUAGUGAUUCUGUAGAACAAAACAGAUUUUGAGUUUCCAUACCGAGGAGCUUUUAUGUUAUCUUCAAGCCAUCAGUUUUCUUUCCUGUAUACCUUGCCCGUUAGCUGUGCUGACUACCCCACCCCAACACAGAGAGACUACAGAAGCAAUGACUGCAGUUAAAAUUCACCUUUGGAUGAUGAGGGAAACUAAGCAUCAGAGAGCAGUUUUCAACCCACAGAAACCUAGGAGAGCGAUUUAAUGAAAACUGAUCAGUUUUCUCUGCAGGAUGGCUUUGGGAGGAUUCACAGAUGUGAUUUCAGAAGGAGGCAUAACAGAAAUAGUAACUGUCAGCUCGCUUUCUUCUGCACUUAAUUUUGCUCUUGGUACUACUGAAGGCAACGUUAUGAGUCCCCCCUCUUCUAAUGCAUAUUUGUGUGAUUGUAUUUGAGAAAUUUGGCGUGAAAUAUCCAGGCCAUUAGAAGGGGGUAAAAGCCACGAAACACUGA